AAUUUUACCUAAUUUUUGAUUCAGAGAAAAUGUUGGAGAUUGAUUUCCUUGAGUGACAAAACUUUGCUCUGGGCAGAGAGGAGACAUGGAAGAAUUACGAAAACUAGAGAAGGUACAGAGGAUGCUGGAGUUCAUGGAAUCACGAGGAGUUUCAAACUCCAAUCAUCACUCUAACCGCUUCCUCGCUAAUUUCAUUAUCUUCAUGAUCCAACCCUGCGGAGAUCUUGCCAUCAACGAUAAGUGCUGCGUGCUUUCCCAUUUUAUUCCCACUCUCUCAUCUUCAUUCCUCGAGGACGCGUAUCAACACCACCAUUUCUCCACCACCAGUGAACAAAGUUCUGGUUUUCAUCAAAGUCUUGUAGGAGAUGCUUUGCUUAGUUGCAAUCAGGCCGAAGAAUACAGUUUAUUGCAAAGUUGUAAUGAAAACAUGCCCGUGGUUGGGUUGGACUCCAUGGAAAUGGCAAAUUCUACCCUUGAGGAUUUUUGCAGGUCUUAUUUAAUGUUUCAUGGAUUGGAUGUAAGCAAGCCACAAUCAAUCUUCAAACACUUACCUAUUCUUUCAUUCACAGAGAGCUAUAUUUAUCAGCUUGAUAAAAUGAAUGAGAAAUUGCUACAAACACCCAACAAUGAAAAGCAUGUAUUUGGAGUAAAAGAUAAGAGGGAAACCGAAUUAUUUGUUUCUUGCUUCUCGAACGACCCACUUAGACCACUUGUGACUAUUCUUGAACACAAAGGCCUUUUGACAGGAAGGAUAAGAGAAGAACUUAGACAUGGAGAAGAGUACUGGGCUCUUGAAAGAAAACUUUGUUCUGCGCUAAUAAACAACGAGGAGAUUCUUAUUGAGGAUGUGAUGAAGGCUGUUCAUUUAAAGUCUUUUGAUUAUCGAGUGCUAAAUCUUCUUCUCUACGAACUGCAAGGGACUAAGGUAGAGGAAUUGCACAUGGAGUUUCUCUCAAUUUCGGAGUUCCUAGUGGAAGUUUCUGAUGAUCUGUAUGAUUAUGAGGAUGACGUGUUAGAGAACAGUUUCAAUAUUUUGCGCAUGUUUAUCCGAAUAUAUGGACCUUUAGCUGCUCCUGCUAUGCUGGCAAAACACAUUAGUGAGGCUGAAGAAAAGUAUGAAUGUUUAUUGAAAUCACUUGAUCCACAUCUCUCUUUGAACUACCAGAAAAGAUGUGCAGAAGCCACAAAGGAAGGUGGAAAGGUAUCAGAGCAUCAAUUUGGCACUUGGACUUUUCCAACCGUGAUUCAGGAUGAGGAAUUGUAUAGAUUAAAGUUGAAGUCAGAUAUUUCAUGAGUAUGAACUUGAACUGUGUCCAUCAGGUAAUCCUUCAAAUAUAAUGCUUUCACGUUCUUGUCUUCCCCAAUGAAACCGGGAUCCAGCACAAGUGAUGAGUCCGAGUUGAUAUGUUGAAAUUAAAAGAGAAAAGAGACACAUACAAUAUGGGACUUGCAAAAACAUAAACUUAAAAAAGUUAUGUUGGUGAUUAUCUAUUUAUUUUUCAAACUGUGUUCUCUCUAGCUGCAGUUAUUGAUAGUGGUAUUUCAAGGUGACGCAUAAGGAAAAUAAAUAUUGUUUUUAUUUUUAUUCUCUUGGUUUUUAAGGUAGAUGCUUCUGUCUUCUGAUGUAUAAAGGGGAAAGAAAUCAAAAGUAAUUUUA